CCCAUCGAAUCAUUCAUUCUCGCUUCUCCAACACAAGCAGGAACACACAAAGAAACAGACGCCGUUCAAUCAAGCACACAACUAAGACAAGCAAAUCAUCAAUGGGAGCGGGGAUGAAGCGCGCGAGGGAGGAGGAGCCCGUGUCGCUGGCGCUGUCGCUAAGCACGGAAUCGACGGCGUCGACCACGACAUCGGCGGACUCGGCCGGGGCGGUGACGCAGAAGAGCAGGGCGCGCCGCCGGAGGAUGGUGGCCACGUCGGGAGAAGGAGAGUUCGUGUGCAAGACGUGCGGCCGGGCAUUCGCGUCAUUCCAGGCGCUGGGCGGUCACCGGACAAGCCACCUCCGCGGCCGCCACGGUCUAGAGCUCGGCGUCGGCGUCGCGAAAGCAAUCAAGCGGCGAGAGGCCAAGCAGUCGCACGAGUGCCACCUCUGCGGGCUCGGCUUCGAGACGGGCCAGGCGCUCGGCCACAUGAGAUUGCUGGCUUAUAUUCUGAUAUGUUUGGAUGUCAAGUGGGUACUCUUCCUAUGAAAUAUCUGGGGGUGCCCAUAUCUUCGGUAGCCUUGAAAACUUCAGACUGGGACUAUGUCGAUGAUAAGCUUGUUAGGAAACUUGAUGCUUGGAUUGGUAAUAAUGCUUCCUCAGGCGCUAAGAAAGUGCUUAUUGAUGCUUGCUUAUCUUCCACUCUGUACUAUCCCAUGUCCAUGUUUUUGUUGAACAAGACCUUUUUGGAAAAGGCUGACAAACAUAGGAAACGUUUCUUUUGGCAAAAAAAGAAAGAUAAAAAAAGUUAUUACAUGGUUAGUUGGGACAAGGUGUGUAGAUCGAAGAAAAAAGGGGGCCUAGGCAUUAAAAAUUUAAGAAGACAAAAUAUCAGCUUGUUAACUAAGUGGUGGU